AUGAGUUCAGAUGAAAUUAUAUCAUACACAAAUCCAGAAUUAGGUCCUUUACCAAAAAAAUUCACACCUCCUUCAGGUAAUAUUUUGGAUUUAUUUUCAUUAAAGGGCAAAGUAGCAUCAGUUACUGGUAGUUCUGGAGGGAUAGGUUUCGCUGUGGCGGAAGGAUACGCUCAGGCUGGAGCAGAUGUAGCAAUAUGGCACCACUCACAUCCAGCUGAUGAUAAAGCUGAAUAUUUAGAAAAAACUUAUGGAGUUAAAGCAAAAGCAUAUAAAUCAGAUACAAGUGAUGCAGAUGAUGUUAAAAGAGUUGUUGCUGAAGUUAGAAAAGAUUUUGGUAAAAUUGAUAUCUUUGUUGCUAAUGCAGGAAUUCCAUGGACUUGGGGACCAUUAAUUGAUGAACCAGAUUUAACUAAAUGGAAGAAAGUUAUUGAUACUGAUUUAAAUUCAGUAUUUUAUUGUGCUCAUGCUAUUGGUCCUCAUUUUAGAGAUCAAGGAUUUGGUGUUUUAAUAACAACUGCUUCAAUGUCUGCUUCAAUAGUCAAUAUUCCUCAAGCUCAAGCUGCUUAUAAUGCUUCAAAGGCUGCAGUAAAGCAUUUAACAAAAUCAUUAGCUGUUGAAUGGGCACCAUUUGCAAGAGUUAAUAGUGUAUCUCCUGGUUAUAUUGGAACUCAUUUAACUGAAUUUGCCGAUAAAGAAUUAGUUGCAAAAUGGGUUCAACUAACACCAUUGGGAAGGUUAGGGAAUCCAAAAGAGUUGGUAGCUGGCUACAUCUAUCUUUCGAGUGAUGCUGCAUCCUUCACGACGGGCUGCUAUUUAGGUUAUGGUGGUUCUUCUUGA